AUGUCAGACGAUGUGCCACCAGCCAAGAGGCAGAGGGUCGGCCGCGCCUGUGACCCAUGUCGCAAGCGCAAGUCCAAGUGUGAUGGGAACCGGCCAUGCUGCCUUAUGUGCCAGUCGGCUGGUAGAAUCUGUCUCUAUGAUGAUGCCAUUCGACGACGUGGGCUUCAGAGUGGAUAUGUCCGUGGCUUGGAAGCACUACUUGGACUCAUGCUGCAGCGUCUUCCCAAGACCGAGACUCAGCUAGAAAAGUUGCUGCGAAAACAGGAUAUCAAGGAUCAGCUUGCGCAAAAUAAAAAUGCAGAAAAGAGUGCCCGAGUUUGGUACAGGUCGGCUAUAUCCAAGAAAAUCAAUGCAUUGCUAGAGCCAUGUCAGACUGAGGGCGAACCCGGAAGUCCCAUGUCAGAAGACGAAUCGCCAGCUCUGGAUUCACUCCAGAUUGAAGAGGGUGACGACCAUCACGAUGAAAUAAAUUUAGGCGCAGAAUCGUCUGUCCAUAUACAACAUAAUGGGGCUAUGACUUGCAGCACAACCGAAUCUGUGGAGAAAAAUACACCCAGACUGGACGACGCGUCCUGGGACAUCUUCCAGCAGCCUUUUCCAUCGAAUACGGUCGAACUGGUUGAAGAAUACUUUACGUAUACACAUUCCUGGUUUCCAAUCCUAGAGAGACGCCGAAUCAUGCGAGCCAUGCAUAAUCAUGACCCGCCGUUAGAGAGGAAUCGCAGAUUAAUCGACAUAGGAUAUCAAAUGACCCUAUGGGCCAUUGCUGCCUACACAAGUAUAGGCCAAUCGCCGCGAUCUCAGGCUAGUGGAAUAUUAGAUUCGCGGCGUAUUGAAGCGUGCAUAAGAGCACGCGCCGCACUAGAUUCCCAAAUCUUCACCCUCGGCCAUAUCCAAGCAAUUCUUAUUCUCGUAUUGCUCCACCUCAAACUUACUCACUUACGAACUGCGUGGAUUCUUAUUUCUCAGGCCACAAGAAUGGUGGUUAUGAUUGAUAAUAAUCAGAGAACAGAAAGGUAUACGCACGUUUUUCAUGGGUGUGUCAUACUCGAUAAUUUCAUCUCAGCCCUGCUUGGAACAUCGCCAUGCCUCUCGGCACAUGAGCAAACUAGUCAUGGAUUAAUUGAAGAUCAUGAUGAAGGAUUAGAGGAGUGGGAUCUCUGGAAUCCUUCAUCGCAUGACCCCCUGUUUCCUAGGCAUAUCGUCCCUGGAAGCCCUCUGAGGGCUCUCAGUACAUUCAACCUUUCUUUCCAGUUAAUGUGCCGUGUUUCAAAUAUAUAUGGUGGCACAUGCAAUGAGCAACAUUUGCAAUUAACCUUUGAGGAAUUACAGACAUGGCGGUCGCAGCUACCCUCCCACUGCCAAUGGACUGGAUCCCUGGAUUCUAUGAAACCUCCUUUGCUGACUCUCCAUCUAUCCUGGAAUUUCAUCAUGGCCACAGCUUUGUCGAGGAUGACCUCUCCCAGUCCGUCACUAGAAGGUUUAUGUGAGAAAAUAGUCAUUUCCACGCUCGAUAUGUCUCAGAAAUUUAUCGAAUUGACCGGAAUAAAUAGAGCACCCCCAUUGAUAAUAGGUUGUGUCAUACAAGCUAGGAGGUUGCUCAGUCAUGUUGCAUCAGCGAACUGUGAGUCGACAUCUACGUUGGAUCAGCAUCUCAGUGAAGUCCUUGAGAAUUUUCGUCGGCAAUGGGAAGCCAACGAAGCCCAUGAGACCGAAUAUCAGGAAUUCAUUAUACCUCAAAUCGACCUCAGAGAUAUCCAUGGGCAAAAUCCAAUGCUUCACGAUUCAACGGAUUCUUCUUUAAUAGCGACUAUUACCAAUUACUUCAACACAGAUGGAGAGCCUUUCAACGCGGCUACUGAGCCCUCGGAAAAAUCGCAUGUUUUCUCGGACCCUACUGUUCCAGCUACGACAAGUAGCCAUACUGAUCAAGCGAUGGAAAAUGGAUUUGACGAUUUAUGCGAGCAAAUGGCAGCUUCGAUCCCAGCAGCAAGGUAA